CAUAAUAUAAGCUUUAUUACAGGCGGUGAAAAUGCUGAGUUGUACAGAAAUAGAAAGGAUAUAUUUUCUACAAACACCCAAGUUGUUACUGACGCUGAUCUCAAGAUAAGGGAUAUUGUAGCACGAUGGCCAGGCUCCGUACAUGACAGCAACAUUUUUAAUAAUAGCCGGUGUAGAGGAUGCCUACACCGGGUUAAGCAUUUGUUGAGCUCUCAACAACUAGGUCGGUGUUGUCUUUUAGGAGAUCGAGGCUAUGCCCUUAGACAAUAUUUGCUGACACCAUUAGAUCCUCCAACAGAUGCUGAAAAACUUUAUAAUGAGAGUCAGAUAAGAACUAGGAAUGUUGUGGAGGGAACCUUUGGUGUUUGGAAGAGGCGAUUUCCCUGUAUUGGAUCUCAACUUAGAGUAAAACUAAAAAACGUACAGGCUAUAAUUGUAAGCACAGCAAUAUUACACAAUAUAUGUAUUAUGAAUAGAGAAGAUUUGCCAAGCGGUGAAGAUUCACUACGUGAACUUGAAAGUGAAAGUAAUAUAAUACUUCCAGAUUCUGAAGCUGAGCAGUAGUAUAGAGGAGAUAUAAUCACUACUUACUUCAAUUCAUUAUUAAACUCUGAUGAAAUCAAUAAUAGUAUCAAUUAAUAUGGAAUAUUUUACAAUAAUGUAUAGAUGUGAAAAGAAAUUAAAGAUUAUUAUUACGAUUGAAA